CCAGGUGAUCGAGACGAUUUCAAAAUCGCCAUUAUAUGCGCCCUGCCCCUUGAGGCGAACAUAGUCAGCGCGUUAUUUGAUAGGAAAUGGGAUGGCAGGUGGUAUGGCAAGGCCGCUGGCGAUUCAAAUGUAUAUUUAUUCGGUCUCAUUGGGCACCACAAUGUUGUUUUGGCUCAUAUGCCCAAUAUGGGAAAGGUCGCUGCCGCGUCAGCAGCAGUUGGAUUACGAGCUAGUUUUCAGAAGAUCAAUCUGGCUCUGGUGGUUGGUAUUUGCGGUGGUGCAUCUCUGGGGGAGCAUCAUACCGAAAUUUUUCUCGGAGAUGUUGUUGUGAGCGAAGGGAUUAUUCAAUACGACUUCGGAAGGCAAUUUCCUAAUAAUAGAUUCGUUCGAAAGCACAGCCCUCAAGACAAUCUACCAAGGCCUAAUCCAGAGAUCCGGGCUACCAUAGCCAAGCUACGGGCAGAUCAUUGGCUACAAGGCAAGGUGUCUGGACAUCUUCACGAUUUACAACAGAAAUUCAGCGCCGAGGUGACGUAUCCAGGGCCGAGCGAGGACAUAUUAUUUAACCCGACCUACCAGCAUAAGCACCAAAGUUCAGAGUGUACAAUAUGCUUCGGUAGCAAUGGGAGAGGCGAUGUAUGCGAUACGGCGUUGGGGCUCAGCUGCGAGCAACUCGAAUGCGACCAACAGGGAGUAGUAUUUCGCAGAAGGUCAACACAACCGCUAGCUGCGUCUGCAGAAUGGAAACCAGCCGUUCACUUUGGGCUUUUUGCGUCCGGAGAUACAGUGAUGAAAUCUGGCAAAGACCGAGAUGAUAUUGCAGCUCGAGAUGGGGUCAUCGCAUUCGAAAUGGAGGGCGCUGGUGUCUUGGAAAACCUCCCUGGUACCUUGGUUAUAAAGGGCAUUUGCGACUAUGCAGAUAGUCACAAGAGCAAGAAGUGGCAGCCUUACGCAGCUGCAACUGCAACCGCUGUUACUAAGGCGUUCUUGGAAGAAUGG